GAAAAUCUUUUCAUUCGUUCUAUUCGUAACUAAAUCUUAUUAUAAUCGUAAUGACAAUAUCUAAUCCAUUCAAACUAUCAUUGAACACAAGUAAAGUUCAUCUCACGUUAGUUUUACUUCUUUAAAAUAAGGUGAAAUAUAUAUUAAAGGUAGGAGCCAAAGUCAAUCACUUGUGAACCUAUACUUUGUUCCAAGCUUUCCGAGAAAAUGGUUCGAUUGCACGUGAAAAAAGGCGAGGAGAGCCAUUUUCUGUACGAUACUCACGUGGAGGCUCGGGUUGAAGACAUUAUAUACGACAUUACCAUCAUUUACAACGGCCGACUGAAGGUUUCAAGAAUAUGUUACGAAAUCGAGGAAUUGAUCAAGCACGGCACCAUGCUGCCUCAUAAUAUGAUGGGACUUACCGACGAACAGGUUGAAGAAUUGAAGCUCAAGGAUGAAUGGGGUGAAAAAUGUGUACCGAUGGGCGGUUGGACUUUCAACAAGGAUGUUAUUGGUCGGAGAAAUGGCAAACAACCUAACACGAAAAUGCAGGAGGUCUUGAAGAAAACGAUCGAGGAGGCACGAGCUAUGGUUUCGAAGAAAUUGAUACAGCAAGAGAAAUUGGUGACGCAGAAAACAGUCCAAGAAGCAUUAGACAUUCUCAGAGGUGCUGUGAUGAUCGUUUAUCCAAUGGGACUUCCGCCUCAUGAUGUCAUUCAACAAGAAUUCGAGAACACGGAGGAUUUGAGCGGAACUCAAGCAUCGCUAGAGGUCAUCGACGUGCAAUUGGCACAACUUUGGUUCUCAGGAAAAGAAAUGAUAAUAGGAAAAAAAUUAAAGGAUUUGGGGAUGAAUGAAAAGACAAAAAUCAUUGUGAAACUGCAGAAAAGGGGAGCUGGAAAACCUGCUCGUGAACCAUUGAUGUCAGAAGAAGAACGGAAACAACUAAUGCUGCAUGCUUACAGACGUCAAGAACAGCUUAAGAAACUUGAGCAAGACGAUGACGACCAGUAUCUCGACUCCCCCUGGGCCGACGGCGGCAGUCUGAAGCGUCACUUUCAAGGUCUGAACAACAUCUCCUGGAAACCGCAUUAAGCGGUGCCCCAAGAACGGGAUCUAGAAAAGAAGAGAGAAGAGAGAGCGAGAGAGAGAGAGAGACGAAAAGAAAAAUAAUUUUUCUUCAACACAGCUUGUUCAAGUCAUCGAUCGCGAAUACAGCCAAUAUUCUCUCACCGACUACCGAAAAUGGAGAACGAGAAUUAAAAGAAUAAUAAUAGGGGAAAAAAAAGAAAAGAAGAAGAAGAAAUCGUAGCUUCAGAUAUUUCCACGGAUACCACGGAGUGUAAACCAGUGGUGCACGAUGCUCAAUGUAAGAGUUUCGGAAGGAAACGGGCGUCGAUUUGCGUCCAAUUAAAAAAAAA